GGAGGUCAGUCACACUGUUCGCUUUCUUUUUUGAAUUUUCCAUUUUCAUUUGCUCCAAUUUAAUCGAGAUUCAAGUGAAAUCAAUCAAUUACUCGCAUCCGGAAGUAUUACGGCACAUAUGCCGUUGCAUACAACGUGCCCGCAUUGAAUAGCCCCGAAUCGAAAAUUGGCUCUUGCUCGUAGGCGGCAGCAGCCCCCACUAGGACGCAGACAGACGGAAAAAUUGAGCACAAGCGCAUUUAGGGCGACCAUCUGACGUCAUUGUGCGAAAAAUUCGUUUGCAAAAUGAUCCAUGUCGGGGAAAACUCAUGGAACCUGCGCAUAUUCAUCACGGAUCUGUCGCUGGAGCGCACAAUGCGCGUGCGCGGGGAUCAGCACAUCGGGGGCAUAAUGCUGCAGCUUGUGGAUCCCGAGAAUCCCAAGGACUGGUCCGACCAUGCCCUGUGGUGGCCGGCCAGGAAUAUUUGGCUUAACCGGACACGCGCCACGCUGGACCAGUGCGGCGUCCAAGCGGACAGCCUGCUCCACUUCACCCCAAUGCACAAGAUUCUGCGGGUGCAGCUGCCGGAUCUGCGGUAUUUGGACUGCCGCGUGGACUAUUCCGUGAAAACCUUUGCUGCUGUGGUUAAUCUCUGCAAGCAACUUGAGAUUCGUUACCCGGAGGAGCUGUCGCUCUGCAAGCCCCUGGAGGCGGAGCAUCUGAAGAAGAACUUUGCGCAGGUCGGGCAUCAGAAGCGGGUGCCCAUCGCCGAGCCAGACGGAACCACAUAUCUGCAUCCUGCUGCGGACACCAACUCGUUUGUGCCCAUCAAUGCUGCCUUCCAUGGGGAUGGAGGAAGCACUGGCAGCCUGGACAAGCCCUCUUCACCGGGCAUGUUCUUCUGCGCCCCACUCUCGCCGCACAAUCACAGCCGACGCUCGCCCAUGGCCUCGCCAUCGCCUGGAACAUGGAAGCAGAGCCAGAUUGGCUAUGCCACCUACGAUUCUUCCUCCUCAAGCUUGGGGGACUUCCAGGAGAAUUUGGCCAGCUCUCCACCGACGCCCUGUGCCGAGGUGCGGGCCCAGUUACUGCGUCCCAAGUCGCUGGUGGAGAAGGCGCGCCUCAAUGUCGGCUGGCUGGACUCUUCGCUGUCCAUCAUGGAGCAGGGCAUACGCGAGUACGACACGCUGCGCCUGCGCUUCAAGUACUUCACGUUCUUCGAUCUGAACCCGAAGUACGACCAGGUGCGCAUCAAUCAGCUGUACGAGCAGGCCAAGUGGAGCAUUCUGAACGAGGAGCUGGACUGCACCGAGGAGGAGAGUCUGAUGUUCGCUGCCCUGCAGUUUCAGGUUAACCAUCAUGUGGAUGCGCUGCCUCCGAGCGCCGUAGACUCGGGCAUUGAGACGUCCAGCCAGGAGAACGAUGACGAUGAGAUAGACUCGGCCCUCAAGGAGCUGCAGAUCACGCUGGAGGGACCGAAUGCCGGUGGCGAUGCUGGCAACAUUACUCGCAUACCGGAACUAUCGGACUAUUUGCGUUAUCUGAAGCCACAGCGCUUCACGCUGAGGGGCUUCAAGCGUUACUUCUUCACCUACCGGGAUCUGCAUUUGCAUCUGUACAAGAGUGCCGAGGAGUCCCGUCGCCAGGCCCCGGCCAUCAGCAUCAAUUUGAAGGGAUGCGAGGUAACACCUGACGUCAACCUUUCACAGGGGAAGUACGCCAUACGGCUGGAGGUCUCCCCGGAGGGCAGAAACGGUCCCAACAGCGAGGUGUGGGUGCGAUGCGAGAACGAGCAGCAGUAUGCCAAAUGGAUGGCUGCCUGCCGCCUGGCGGCCAAGGGCCGUUCCCUGGCCGACAGCUCUUACGAGAGUGAGGUCGACAGCAUACUCUCGCUGCUACAGAUGCAGCGUCCAGUGCAUGGCGUGCAUGUCAACAUUGAUCCGCGCUCCGUCGAGCCGGUGGACUAUCUCUGCCCCAAAAUGAAUCGCAAGCUGUCCGGCAAGGCGGUGCAGCGUAUACUGGAGGCCCAUGCCAAUGUGCGGGAGCUGAAUCUGCUCGAGUCGAAGCUGAAGUACAUACAGGCCUGGCAGUCGCUGCCUGACUUUGGCGUCACUCUCUUCAUCAUCAAGUUUGAUGGCCACAAGAAGGAGGAGCUGCUGGGCGUGGCCCAGAAUCGAAUUAUGCGCAUGGACCUGAGCUCUGGGGAUCACAUCAAGACCUGGCGCUACAACAACAUGAAGGCCUGGAAUGUCAACUGGAACAUCAAGUGCAUGAUGAUUCAGUUCCAGGACGAGAAUGUGGUCUUCUCCUGCCACUCGGCGGACUGCAAGGUUGUCCAUGAGUUCAUUGGCGGCUACAUUUUCAUGUCGAUGCGCUCCAAGGACAAUAACCAAACCCUGAAUGAGGAACUCUUCCACAAACUAACAGGCGGUUGGUCAUAGACGCGUGCAAAUUGCUCGCUGUUUUUGUUUUUGUUCUGUAUAAAAAAGCUAACUAUUCUAAUUGUUGUCAAGUGGCCAUAAUGGUGUGCCCGAUUCUUAACGUUUAAGCUACCUUCGGUCCACGUCCGAGCCUAACCAACUGAUAAGACUCACAAUUUCAAUGCAAUACUUGUAUGUACGUUUUUCUUAAUGUUUAAUUCGUUGUAAACUAAUCGUGGCCUUAGCAAUGUUUUUAUAUAACUAACUUUUAGGAAAUAAAAAAACCUUGCAAUC